AUGGCAAGCUUUCCCGACUUUGUAAACGAAAAUGAUAUAGCAAGAUCACGGGCCAUUGGGGAACUUAUAUCACCGACUUCUCCAUUUGAACAGAAGUAUGGCCGUGAAAACUGGACAGUGGCUUUUGCUCCAGAUGGCUCUUAUUUUGCUUGGUCUCAGGGUCAUCGAAUUGUGAAACUGGUUCCUUGGUCUCAGUGCCUUAAGAAUUUUGCUGCUGGCAAUACAAACAAAAAUAGUGUUAACUUGACAAAUACAAGGUUGUCACGACAGAACAGUGAUGUAGCACAGAGAAACAAACCACAGGAGCAUACCAUAGACUGUGGGGAUAUCGUGUGGAGCCUGGCUUUUGGAUCCUCGGUGCCAGAAAAGCAGAGUCGUUGUGUGAAUAUAGAAUGGCACCGCUUCAAAUUUGGUCAGGACCAACUUCUCCUUGCCACCGGGCUGGGCAAUGGGCGAAUCAAGAUCUGGGAUGUUUAUACAGGGAAGCUCCUCCUUAAUCUGAUGGAUCAUACUGAAAUUGUAGAGAUUUGACAUUUGCUCCAGAUGGCAGCCUUAUUCUUGUUUCUGCUUCCAGAGACAAAACACUCAGGGUGUGGGACCUGAAAGAUGAUGGAAAUAUGAUGAAAGUGUUAAGGGGACACCAAAACUGGGUGUAUUGCUGUGCAUUCUCCCCUGAUUCAUCCAUUUUAUGUUCCGUUGGAGCUGGUAAAGCAGUGUUUCUGUGGGACAUGGAUAAAUACAAUAUGAUUCGUAAGCUAGAAGGGCACUACAAUGAUGUGGUAGCAUGCGAGUUCUCCCCUGAUGGAGCUUUGUUCUACUGCAUCGUAUGAUACGAGGGUUUAUGUUUGGGAUCCCCAUAUUGGGUGUAUUCUUUUUGAACUUGGGCACUUAUUCCCUCCACCCACACCUAUAUUUUGCAGGGGGAGAUAAUGGUCGAUGGGUGAGAUCUGUCUCGUUUUGUCAUGACGGAGUACACAUUGCAAGUCUUGCUGACGACAGGUUGGUGAGGUUUUGGCGCAUUGAUCGCUCCUAUCCUGUUGAAGUUGCACCUAUAAAUAAAGGUCUUUGCUGUGCCUUUUCUACUGAUGGCAGUGUUCUAGCUGCUGGAACUCAGGAUGGAAAUGCAUAUUUCUGGGCUACCCCCAUUUAUGUUUCCAGCCUUCAGCACUUAUGUCGUAUGGCAAUAAGAAGAGUGAUGACUACAAAUCAAGUCCAGAAGCUGCCAGUGCCUCCAAAAAUCAUGGAGUUUCUUACAUACCAAAUUUUAUGA